GGGCUGGGAAACGUGGUCUUCCGUGAUCAUUGUGGCUCUAGGUCUCUCGUGUGUGUGUGUGUGUGUGUGAAUCUCCUCACGGUAUAUUUCCACGGUGUAGUCACCAACGUGAGAGGCACCUGGCUCUGCCAUUGGGUGGCGCCGCAGCCUCUGCAUUGCCAUUGCACGGGCUCGGCGGCGGAGCCUGAUCUCAUCGAGUUGCUGCAGUCGCAGCUCAACAGGUGCGGGCCCUCGGACCUCGCGCUCGUCUGCGCGGCCAGCGCCUGGCUGGGGAACGGGCGACGUGCUGCUCGCUGGCCUGGUGGGACUGAUCGUCGGCGCGGAGUGUACCACCUGCUGGGCAGGCGUGGGCCUGCCGGUGCGACGGGUGGGGGCCGCGCCUUGGACAGCGUACAGCGGGGGCAUAGUCGAGACGCCCGGGCCCAUCGUCACGCAGAUUGCGGACUCGGCCCCUCCAGGGUCUGUGAAGGGCAAGGGCAAGCUCGGGGUGACCGUGCAGGCCUAGCACGGCCUUCCUUGAGCCUGGCUCUUCAGCUUUUCUGUUCUAUGUAGGGGACGACCUGUACCAUGAGCGCAUCAUCCUGAGCUGGGUGUCUGCGAACGAGUACGUGGUGGACUCCCCCGAUUUAGAUUUUUGUAUUGAACAGAUCGACGCCGCCAAUGCCGGGUUGCAGGGUCUACGGCUGGGCGGUGCCGACGGGCGGCUUCCCUUCGGCAAGGCUGGCAUGCAGGUAUACCGAUUCCAGGUGCGCCCAGCGGGCAUGGACUUGAUGCAGCUCCUGGCCGAGGGCGAACGCCACGCGCAGGUCGAGAGGGCCUCGCGAGGGCUGGCCGCGCCGCGUGGGGACAUUGCUCGCGCUGGCCCGGGGGGGGUGGCCCCUGCGGCCGUCUUGACGCCGCUGCCUGUGGUGGCGCCCCCUGCCCCCGGCGCGGCCGCGGAGCUGCUUCCGCUUCGCCUGGUGGGGCCUGCUGGGGCGUGGGUGCUGGACGAACCCGUGGAUGCUUUCGUGCUGGGGGAGGAGGUGCCGCUGUCGCCGACGGCCCUGGACAUCGGGGGCCGUGCCUUUGUGACCGUGUACGGCGAGAUCGUGUCUCUCACCGAGGUCGCGCCUGGCACGGACCUCGCCGCCUGGGGCCUGGGCCACCCGCCGCUGCUGCCGAAGGGCGUUCCGCGCCUGCUGCCGCGGCCGUGCACCCCGACGCCCGUGGCCUUCUCCGCCGACGCGGCCCUGGGCGUGCGCGACCCCAGCGUGCCCCUGUGCACCAAGGGCCCCGGGACGUUGCAGGACUCGGUGUACGAGAUGUGCUUGCGCCCCCUCGACGGCUUUACCGCAGCCCGCGACAGGUGGCUGAUGGAGUCGAACCCAGAGGAUCCCUGUAGCUUGAUUUAAGCUUAUCAUAAAUUUGCUUAUUAUGUACGAAUUUGCUUGAUAUGGGCCAGAACCAGGUUUCGCUUUUGACCGCGUACAUCGCGCUUGCAUAUAGAGGGCUUGCCUAGGUGACUACGAAC